UGGCCGCUCUCUGAAUCCUCCCCACCGUCCCAGCAAAAUGCGUCUCGCCCCUGUGCUUGGCUCCUGCUCCCUCCUCCUGCUCCUGGGGGCCUUGCCCGGAUGGGCGGCCAGCGAUGACCCCAUCGAGAAGGUCAUUGAAGGGAUCAACCGAGGGCUGAGCAAUGCAGAGAGAGAGGUGGGCAAGGCCCUGGAAGGCAUCAACAAUGGAAUCACGCAAGCUGGAAGGGAAGUGGAGAAAGUUUUCAAUGGACUUAGCAGCAUGGGGAGCCAGGCCGUCAAGGAGGUGGACAAGGGCCUCAACAGCGGCUUGGACAAGGUAGCCCAUGGGAUCAACAAUGGCGUCGGACAAGCUGGGAAGGAGGCUGAGAAGUUUGCUCACGGGGCCAACAACGCUGCUGGACAGGCCGGAAAGGAAGCAGACAAAGUGGUCCAUGGGGUCCACGAUGGGGUCAACCAGGCCGGGAAGGAGGCAGAGAAACUUGGCCAAGGGGUCCACCAUGCUGCUGGCCAGGCCGGGAAGGAGGCGGAGAAACUUGGCCAAGGUGUCCACCACGCUGCUGGCCAGGCCGGGAAGGAAAUGGACAGGUGGCAGCAGGAUGUUCAUAAUGGGGUCAACCAAGCCGGCAAGGAGGCCAACCAGCUGCUGAAUGGUGGUCAAGGCGGGUCUACCGGCCAGCACGGAGGGGCCGCAACCACUUCAGUAGCAUCUGGAGCCUCGGUCAACAAGCCCUUCAUCAACUUUCCCGCUCUGUGGAGGAGCGUCGCCAACAUCAUGCCCUGAACUGAUGCCCUGAUCUUGCUCAGCAGACGCUGGAGUGACCUGAAGGAGCUGAGGGUUGCGGGG